CAUGCCUUUGGUUUGGGUGCCCGUUGGCGGCAAAUCGGCGAUUGCAGCUCGAAAUCGCCCCCCAGCUGCCAUCGCUGCUGCCGCCGCUGUGCCUGGAUCGCCGCGGGAUAGGAAAUGGAAGUUUUUGGAGGAUUUGAGCGCGCCAGUGCCGAGUUUCUUGGAGAAUCUCAAGCUCGUCUGUGCCGCUGGAACAGGAAAGAAGUUUCACGUAAUCCGCCGCGAGCUGACCAAGGCACUGGAGAACUCCCCAGCGCCGGGGCCAUGCACAUUCAUCGCGCGCUGCAUCGACGCGCUACUCCGCCUCGAGGAUCCAUCCGACCAGACCCUCGGUCACCUCAUCACUCGCUCGCUCGACGAGCUGGAUGAAUCCUUCAAGUCGGACUCGCAAGACAUCUCCUGCUCCAAAAGAGUAGCCGCCAAGCUCGUCAAGUCGGCCAUGUCCGGCGAUCUCACGCUUGACGAGCGAUUGCUCGUGAGGCUGGUGACCACUUUCGGAGUGGAGUUAUCUGAUCUUGCCGAGUCCGAUCAAGACGAAGAACACGACUGCUCUUGCAUGGACGAGAAAAAAGAAAGUUCCAUCAGCGAAGCGAGAAAGCUGGGCGAGAACCUUGUGCUUAAGCUGGUGAAGGGGCGAUCUUACAACAGCGCGGUGGCUCUCCUCAAGAGCUUUGGGCUGGAGGAAUGCACGGGGCGAGAGUUUCUCGUCACCAUGGUACGUGAUAACCAGGUGGACUUGGCGGGGCAAUGGGCCUGGCACUUGGGGCCCGAGAGCUGCCGCUUCCUCGUCCAGCAUUGCACAGACAGGAAGCUCUUCAAGAUGGCGUACAGGCUUGUCGACCGCUAUGGCAUGCAUGACGAGUUUCCAGAGGCGUAUCACCUUUACAAACGCAGCUCGCUCAGGAAACUUGUCUCCAAAGGCCUGUGGGUUUUUGCGGAGAGCAUUGCUAGUUCGGACCGUGUUCUACAGGAAUACCUGAUUUCUUUGGCACUGGGAAGGAAACAACACAAUCGAGCUGCGCAACUUUGCGAGCUGUUCCACCUCGACGAUCUCGACUUAUCUUCAAUCACAAUUGAAAUACUAGAAGAAGAUCCGGUUGGCGACUACAUUCAGCUCGAGAGCAUCGUCGACUUGGACAGAGUCGUAUGGGUUGAUGAUGCCGAAGGCACGAAGCUCGUCACCAAGCAUCUAAUCGAAGCUGAGGCGAUUGGAAUCGACUGCGAGUGGAAACCAGUGAGCACCAAAGGCGAGCAAGCUAAGGUAUCCAUCUUACAAAUGGCCAGCAAGGAAGACGCCUUCGUGCUCGAUUUACUCGGACUGUCCGUCACAGCACCCCAAGCUUUAAAUCUUUGCAUCAGCACCCUUUUCCAAUCAGAGGAAAUCAUAAAGCUCGGCUAUGCCGUACACAAUGACUUGGAGAUGCUAGCAGAGUCGUUUCCGGAAGUGGACGGUUUCAGGUCUUGUAAAACGAUAAUUGACCUGCAAGUUUUUCCUGACAAGCUUUCGGCGGGAGGACUCUCUGGACUAACGAAGUUGACGAUGGGAGGCCAUCUUGACAAAGACGUGCGUAUGACUGAUUGGAACCGGCGUCCACUCUGCAAAGAACAGGAUCAAGUGAAGAACGAGCUCCAAGAGCUAGCUCUCGCGGCUGGAUUGCCGCGGCCGAUUUACAACACUGUUUUCUCAGGGCCGGAUCACUCCAGGAAGUUCUCCUCCACCGUCACUGUUGCUGGCCGGAUCAUCCAAGGAGGCCCCGCGAGCAAAAAAAAAGACUCGGAAGUCUCGGCAGCGAAAGUGGCGAUCGCGUUAAUUCACGAAGGUAUGAUCUUCUUCUCUUCUUCUUCUUUCGCGAUUGUCUAUAACUUGGUUUGA